GUGUCUUGAUAGCAGGUACAGAGGUCACUGUGCAAGUGUCGCUAGCUAGCUCGAUACGAUAUAUCUACUGCACUGUACUGUCUAGCUCUAUCUCCAUUGUCUCAGACUGUCUGGAGAAUGGCAUCCCUCAGAAUAAGAUGUUCAAGAAGGAUUUUGCAGCCUAAAAUGCUGAGAUUGUUGGUGGAGGGUCCCCCCUGUGCAGCGGUGGUGCCUGUACGUCACCUCAAUCUACACGAGUACCAGAGCAAACGACUCAUGGAGAAGUUUUCCAUCAACACACAAAAGUUCCAGCUGGCGGAGACAGCUUCAGAAGCUGCAACAGCUGCCAGGAGCCUAGGUGUUGACGAGGUGGUUCUCAAGGCUCAGAUUAUGGCUGGGGGGCGUGGCAAGGGCGUGUUCUCCAGUGGACUAAAAGGCGGAGUCAAAGUCACUAAAGACCUGGACUCCAUUGGUGCUCUCACAGAGCAAAUGAUUGGCUACAAGCUCGAGACCAAGCAGACGACAGGAGACGGUGUGUUGGUACAUAAAGUGAUGGUUGCCGAGUCUCUGGACAUCGCCAGGGAGACGUACUUUGCCAUAGUGAUGGACCGUAGUUACCAGGGUCCCGUGAUGGUUGGCAGUCCAGCUGGCGGUGUGGACAUUGAGGAGGUGUCGAAGUCUACACCAGAGAAGAUAUUUAAGAUCCCUGUGGAUAUCUGGGAGGGCAUAACUCGGGAGCAGGCUAGGCAGAUGGCAGAGAAUCUAGAGUUCAAGGGAACAGCCCUGGAGGAGGCUGCCCAGCAGAUCACUCACCUGUACAACAUGUUCAUUGGGGUGGACGCCACUCAAGUAGAGAUCAACCCUCUCGGGGAAACACCUCAGGGGAAAGUGGUGUGUUUCGAUGCCAAGAUCAAUUUUGAUGACUCGGCAAAGUUUCGCCAGGCAGACAUCUUUAAACAGGAGGACACGAGUGAGAGUGACCCGCGGGAAGUGGAGGCAGCAAAGGACGAUCUCAACUAUAUCGGCAUGACAGGGAACAUCGGGUGUCUAGUGAAUGGAGCGGGUCUUGCCAUGGCUACUAUGGACAUCAUCAAGCUCCACAACGGAGAGCCGGCCAACUUCCUGGAUGUAGGAGGCGGAGUCAGCGAGGACCAGGUCUUGAGGGCAUUCAAGCUACUUACAAAAGACCCACAGGUGAAGUGCAUUCUAGUGAACAUCUUCGGUGGUAUUGUGAACUGUGAGACCAUAGCCAAUGGGAUUAUCAAGGCCUGCCAGGACCUGGACCUCACUCUGCCACUCAUAGUCAGGCUGGAAGGUACGAAUGUGGAGCAGGCCAAACAGCUGCUAUACAACAGCGGGCUAGCCAUCACUCCCGCUGAUGACUUCGAAGAUGUCGCUCAAAAGGCAGUCGCUAGUUUAACUGGACAAUGACACUACAUUGCAUGUGUUUGUUAGGCAGUCGGUUUAUUUAUGGCAAUUGUGUAAUUGAUUACCUUAAGGUGACAUAUUUUCGCGUG